AUGACACAAAUGUUAUCUCAAAAUCCAAUUUAUAAUCUUUUGGUACUUGGACUUUCCCAACAACAACAACAACAAAAUAUGAAUCAACAACAACAACAAUUACCACCACAGAGUCCAAAGUCAUCAAGAUAUACUAUUGCUGCCACACCAACCAAGAUUGGAUCAUCAAAUGCUACCUCUAACAUGAUGUCAGUUGCUCAACCACAACCAAGUACUCCAGUUGCAAAGGGAUUCUUUACGACUCCAAACAAAGCUAAUGGUGAAAAGAAAUUAAAAAAGAGACAAUUGGAAAAAGAAUUCCAAAUGUUACAAGACAAGUACAAAAUUAUGGAAAAGAUUAGAGGAGACAAUGAUAGUGACAUUGAAAGAAUGAAGAUUACACUCAUUGAAACCAUGACCGAAAACGAUCGUCUCCAAAAGAGAGUUGGUCAACUUGAACAAACCAUCGAAGAAAUGAAGAGUGAGUUGGACAAGGGAUCCUAUGAAGCUUGGAAAGGAUACUGUUCAUUACAAGAUAGUCCUCCAGGUGUAUCAAGUCGUUACACAAAGAAACGUGCCAUUUCUCAUAAUAUUAAUUCUGCCAACAUUUAA